CCCCGCGUGCCCUAUCUUCUUAUACACCGGUGUAAUUCCCUUUCAUUUUCUCAUCUCUCAUCGGGAUUUGUGUGACACUUAGCUAAGAUGGCUGUCGGUACGAUCCAGUUGAAAGUUAAGUCUUUCUUCCGUUCAAGCUUAAAGAGAAGAAGAUUAAACAGCCCAUAUUCGGAGCACGAACAUAAGAAACUAAAGAAUACGUCGACCUUAACAAUCGAAGACAAGAACGGUCCCGGGUUUGAUCUUCAGCUCGCCAGCUCGUUCUUCCGCAACCUACCUAUUGAGAUCAGACGGAUGAUAUAUGAACUCGUCUGGCAUGGGCCUUAUGAUCAUAAAUACCACACGCUUCGCGGGAGGCAUAUACACUUUGUAGACGGCCACUGGGUCAACAUGAGAUGCGUCAUGUAUAAAGAUGACGAGGAUCCAGAUCUUAUCCAGAAGAACAUGGACAUAACCCAUAGCUCGGGCAAAGGAGACUUAUUAAUGUGGCAAAAGAGACUGGCGUCGACUUGGGGUAGCCGCCACUGGAGAUGUGAGGAAAGAAUCCAAUACGGUACGCAAAAGUCCGUAGAUGGUACAAACUUCAUGUCCAUGAUGCUUGUCUGUAAACGGAUGUUUCCCGAGGUUGUAGAGUCGAUACUCGAAUCGCACCAGUUCUUAUUCAACGACUUUUUCUCGGCGCACAGGUUUUUCACCUAUAACCCUUCGCCAUAUAUCACACGUAUCCGCCACCUUGAUUUGUCACUCAGUCUUCCCUUUCACGAGUACGCCCCGUUUAUCGUAGAUGGGCCUAAGAGUAGAGUUCGAGAGCUGUGGGAAGCUCUAGCACGUAUCUCAUGUCUGCAUAGUCUGCGCAUAUCUUUAGACAUUUACGAUCAUGGCCCGUGGCGGAAGAUCCCCGAGCAAGGCGUCGCUGCGCAACUAAAAGAUCUCAAGGUGUUAGGGAACUUUACCCUCGAGUUACCUCCCUUGCUUCCUAUAAAGACGCACGCUCCCAAGAUGCAAAAUCUUGAUUCUCACGAGGAGCUGCCAUUCCAAAUAGCACGCCGUCCUCCUCUAAGGUAUUGGCAGUUUACUCCGGGCGAGGUGGAGCGGUUCGGGUGGAAGACGUAUAAGAAAAGCCAGCAGAACCACUGUUUUAUUGCCCUUGAUAGGGCAGCUAGGCAUAUCCCCAAUCCCUAUCUGUUGGACUUCUUCUAAAUGAGGUCAGACUGGAAACGGCCAAAUUUCAUGUCGAUUAAUCUCUAGUGGAUACAAGCGUCAGCGUGGUAUUCUAAAUACAGAUUGCCUACCGAUACCACCCAAACGAUAUUCACAUUAGGUAGACAGCUCACCCAAAAAUGAGCUGUACAGGUGGAUUAAUCAGGAUACGUUCUUCUUAAAGUGGCUCGAACUUAAUAGUCCACAUGCUUCUGCCAUACCAUCAUUAGAUCUCGUAGGU